GUCCGUCAUAAAGAGGGUAGCGGUCUGUCUACUCACAGUGACCAGUUGUCAGCGAAAAUGCUCGUGCUAGUUGUGCUGUGCCUCGUGCUCUCCGUGUGGUGGUUCACUAGAAGGAACCGUAAGGACUUACUAAAUUAUCCUCCGGGACCCAAACCGUGGCCUUUAAUCGGCAGUCUUCACCUUGUCGGUCAACAUAGGACUCCCUUUGAGGCAUUCACCGCACUUAGUAAAAUUUAUGGAGACAUUUACAGUAUUCACCUCGGCUCUACACCCUGUGUAGUUGUUAACAACUUCGAUCUAAUCAAGGAAGUACUGAUUUCGAAAGGUGGAGAUUUCGAUGCCCGUCCAGAUUUUAUAAGAUUCCAUAAACUUUUCGGUGGAGAUAGAAAUAAUUCUUUAGCAUUGUGUGAUUGGUCGGAUUUGCAAAAAACUCGUCGGAGUAUUGCAAGAACGUAUUGCUCGCCAAGAUUUACAUCGCUACAGUAUGAUAUGGUCGCAAAUGUCGGGACUUAUGAAAUUUCUACAUUUCUGGAACAAAUCCAAAAACUUCCCAUCAACGAACCAACAGACAUUAAACCAUUGGUAUUGGCAGCUUGUGCAAAUAUGUUCACCCAAUAUAUGUGUUCAACUAGUUUUUCAUACGAUGAUACGGAUUUUCAAAAAGUCGUUAGAUACUUUGAUGAGAUCUUCUGGGAAAUAAACCAAGGGUACGCCGUUGAUUUUUUACCUUGGCUUCUACCUUUUUAUAAAAAUCACAUGAAAAAAAUAUCUCAUUGGUCAGCUGAGAUACGUCAGUUUAUCUUGAGCAGAAUUAUCGAUAAUCAUCGGGCUUCAUUGGACUACAAUUCUCCUCCGAGAGACUUCACGGACGCUCUGCUCAUGCAUUUAGAAGAAGACCCGAAUAUGAAUUGGCAACACAUUAUAUUCGAAUUGGAGGAUUUCAUUGGAGGACAUUCUGCUAUUGGAAACUUGGUUAUGAUGACGCUAGCAUCUUUGGUAAAAUAUCCGGAAGUAGCUAAGAAAGUUCAACAAGAAGUCGAUGAUGUGACUGCAUCCAGCAGAGAACCAAAUUUAUUAGAUAAAUCAGCAAUGCCUUACACAGAAGCUGUUAUUUGGGAAACUCUAAGAAAAGCAUCUUCUCCGAUAGUUCCACAUGUUGCUAGUACCGAUACUGAACUUUUUGAUUACAAAAUACCGAAAGGUACAAUGAUUUUUAUUAACAAUUACGAAUUGAAUGUGAGUAGUGAAUACUGGGAAGAUCCAGACUCGUUCAUUCCAGAAAGAUUCCUAUCGCCUACUGGAAAUAUCGUAAAACCUAAUCAUUUCAUCCCGUUCAGCACUGGAAAAAGGACUUGUAUUGGACAAAGAUUAGUACAAUGCUUUUCUUUUAUAAUACUUGCGACGUUAUUACAAAAAUACGACAUAAAAGCCGGCGGGGAGAUCACUUUAAAGGCUGGCUGCGUAGCAGUACCUCCAGAUUGCUUCAAAGUCAUUCUCACCCCAAGAUCUACUUGAUUUUCAGAAUAAACUCAAAGGUUUGCAAUACGGUGUCUAUUCGGCCACCCUUUCUUACUGCUCCGAAAGAUAUUAAUAUAUCUUCGGUAGUAUUGCGCAUACCUACCUAUUGUUUAUGCCUAUUUAUCUUACAUAAAAUUUCCAACUGAAUUUGAAGACGAGUAGAUAAUGGGACUCGAGUGAUGUCGUUACAGUACAAAGUAGAAUCUAAAAUCUAGAUUCAAUAUAUUUUAUAUUGAAAUUUUAAAAUUAUUAUUACUUUUAAGAAUUAUGUUUAUGUUAAUUUUAAGAACAAUAUAUAUAUAUAUAU